CGAUCAUGUCCGGCUUUUUCGACAAGGGAAAAAUCAACAGUGGCCGCCAGAUGUCCAAGCAUGUUCCCCAGACCAAAGCAGCCAGAAGUGAUUACUUUCCAAGUAACAAACGUAGAUUUGAUGAUCAGAAUGAUAACGAUCCUCAGUUCGCAGACAGAUGGGAGGGCAGUAUUGAGAGCCCGCCGGUGGCUGGUACUAGCGACGGACUUCGAUAUACCGCUCAAAGAAAUCUUGACUAUGAGCCUGGCACCCAUAAUCGGGGGAUGGUGCUCCCUAUGAGCGGUUUUUUGAAGCAAUUGUUCAACAUGCUGGAGGACAAUUCAAUUCAGCACGUCGUGUCUUGGGGUCCUGAUGGCGACUGUUUUGUCAUAAAUGACACCGACGAAUUCACAAAGUCCGUAUUACCGAAAUUCUUCGACCACUCAAAUUUUGCAGUUUUUGUCCGCCAGCUCGACUUAUACGAUUUCCACAAGGCUAACAACUCAUUUGACGAACCCGCAUGGAUAUUCCGUCAUCCAGACUUCCACGUCGACUCUCGCCGUGAGGCAUUCAAAAAACAAACUAAACGCAGAGCUACUGCCUCAAGAUUGUCUGGCAAACACCCCGCAUCCACAACUCAACCUCACUGGCCUGAGGUGCCUAGCGCUAUCCAUCCUAUCCUGCCCAUACUUUCAACCGCCAACGAGCAUCAUCGCUAG